CUCCUAUGUUAGGUUUGAUAUAAUUCGAAGGAUCAUGACGAGGUUUUUUGGAAUUGAAGUUAUCAUGGUGAUGGGGAUCACAGACAUAGAUGACAAGAUAAUAAAAAGAGCCAAUGAGAUGAAUGUAUCGCCAGUAGCUCUUGCUCGUAUUUAUGAAGAGGACUUUAAACAAGAUAUGGCUGCCUUAAAGGUGCUUCCUCCUACAGUAUAUAUGAGAGUGACAGACAACAUUCCUCAGAUAAUUUCCUUUAUAAAAACAAUAAUUGCUAGUGGACAAGCUUAUGCAACCUCGCAAGGCAAUGUUUAUUUUGAUGUUAAGUCUUGGGGAAAAAGAUACGGAGUAUUAACUACUGUUUAUCCUGAUACUCAAGAUGAAGCAGUUGAUACUGAUAAAUGCCAUAUUAAAGAUUUUGCCCUGUGGAAGGCUGCCAAACCUCAAGAGCUGUCUUGGACUUCUCCCUGGGGAAAAGGAAGACCUGGAUGGCACAUUGAGUGCUCCACAAUAUCAAGUGCAGUGUUUGGGAAGCAGCUGGACAUCCAUACCGGUGGCAUAGAUCUUGCAUUUCCUCAUCAUGAAAAUGAAAUCGCACAGUGUGAGGUGUAUCAUCAGUGUGAGCAAUGGGGCAAUUACUUUUGGCAUUCUGGGCAUUUGCAUGUUAAAGGAAGUCAAGAAAAAAUGUCCAAGUCAUUGAAAAACUACGUAACAGUUAAGGAUUUCCUGAAGAAAUUUUCAUCAGAUCAAUUCAGGAUGUUUUGUUUGCGCAGCAGAUACAGUUCAGGAGUAGAAUUUAGUGAUGAGAGCAUGGAGGAUGCAAAGCACCUUCUUCAGGCAAUCUCCUCAUUCAUUAAAGAUGCAAAUGAUUAUAUAAAAGGACAGCUGAUAUGUGACCCUGUUAGAGAAGACAUACUGUGGGAAAGGCUGGCCAGCACUAAAGUAACCGUGAAGGCUGCGUUUGCAGAUGACUUUGACACCUCCAGGGCUGUCGCGGCAAUUAUGGACCUCAUUCACCAUGGCAACAGACAGCUUAAGGCUGUUACUAAGGAUGCUGGAUCUCCCAGGAGCUCUGUUGUGUAUGGAAGCAUUAUUUCCUAUAUUGAAGGCUUUUUUAAUGCCCUUGGGAUGUCCUUUGGAGAAAGACAGGUGGCCGUGGGAGGAGGUGACUCGGCUGUGCUCUCCAGUGUCAUGGACGAGCUGGUUCGGUUCCGCACUAAGGUCCGUCGCUACGCGCUCGCUCUGCCCGAAGAAGCGGCAGCAGAAGCUGUGCCAACAGCGGGGGCCAAAAGACCCACACAGGAGGAGAAGGAAAAGAGGCAGCAGCUGCUGAGGGAGAGAAAACCCCUUCUGGAGGCUUGCGACAGCCUACGUGGAGACUUGGCCGCCUUUGGAAUCUACGUAAAGGACAGAGCCGCUGUUUCCACCUGGGAAAUGGUGGAAGGAGGCCAGGCAGAGCGCCAGACUGAGGAACAAAGCUGA